AAAUGGAAAUCAUAAUACUGUGAGGCUACUGUUUUACAACUUUUUUCCUUUACUGAAGGGAGAAUUUUAAGCUGCAUGACUUAUCUUGUGCACAAAAAAGGGUUAUAUUAAUACCCUAGCUUAGCAAGGAGGCAGGUAAGUAAAUCCGGUGCCAGCUGUCUUCGUUCGGUGCGCAGGCAGGCAGCACGCAGCAGUGCUGCAGCUUUGUCUGAACACCACCUGUUCGACGGAAUGUCCCUGUGAACCGACUCCAUGGCGGAGGCUUCCGGAGACGCGCGGGCGGUCUCGGAGGGCGUUGCCGGCGCCGCGUGCAGGAUCAACGCCCUCCCCAGCCACGUCCUCAGCCGCGCCAUCUCCUUCCUGGACGCACGCCAGCUCGUGCAGACGUGCGUGCUGUCGCGGCGGUGGCGCCACCUCUGGCGCUCCGUGCCUCGGAUCAGCUUCUCGCGCGAUGAGUUCGACGGCAUGGCUGAGACCGAGGACGAGUGCGACGUGCUGUUCAAGGAGUUCGUCAACCGCUUCUUGAUGCUCCGUAACCCUGCUGCCUUGGACGAGUUCCGGCUUCAGUACAACAUACCUGAUGCGUCAGAUGACCUUGAGGCCGACGCGAAAGAUGCUAACCUAUGGAUCCACCAUGCUUUACAGAGCAACGCCCGGUCUGUUGAGGUUUUUGGUGGGGUCAAUGACUUGCUGAUCGAUCCUGGGGUGUUUACUUCAAACUGCUGCUUCGUGACAAGCAUGCUGCUUUGCCUUGCUUUGCUGGAACCACCUUUCUUUAGAAGCCUCCAAACAGGCUGCCCAGUAUUGGAACGUCUCAUCUUACAAUGCUGCACCAUUUAUGACCCUGACAUUUCCUCCCACACACUGAAGGUUCUGACCUUGGAUGGAGAGUGUCACUGCACAUUUGAAGGACGGGCCACUAUUUCUAUUCCAAGCCUCGUUGAACUUUGCUUCUUUCCUGACGGUGCAAGAAUACCUCUACUGAAAAAUAUGGAAUCACUAGUGAAAGCAUCGGUUCUUGUCGGUACUGAUCCUUCUGAGGUUGAUGAUAUCUGUCAGUUUCUGAGGAGCCUUUCUGGUGUUACUCAUUUGAAAUUCCAUGGCAAAGGAUUCAAGCUGGAGAUGGAACAGAAUUUACAAUGGUGGCCAAAAUUCAACAAUCUUACAACCCUGACACUUGGUAACUGUUGUCUGUAUGGAGACUUCUAUCCACUGAUAUUCUUCCUUCAGAACUCACCUAAUCUGGAGCAGCUUACUUUGGAACUCAUGCAGAGAUUCCGGCAGAUCGAUCUGGACCAAACAUUCAUAGGCGACCCUGAAGAAAGAUCGUUUACUUGUGAGCACCUUGUGAUGGUUGAUAUUGUUUUUAAAUAUUAUGGCUCGCAGCCAAAGGGUUUGGAUGAUGAUGCUGUGCUGAACAACCUGCUGAAACAUUUGUACAAUAAUGGCGUAACCCCUGAUCAGAUUUUCAUCAAGGACAGAAUCAUCCGUUCAAUUGUGUCUGGUUUGACCCCCGACGCCAUGGCAGAGGCUUCCGGCGACGCCCGGAUGGUCCGGGCGGGCGCUCCAGCGAGACGUGCAGGAUUAACGCCCUCCCCAGCAACGUUCUCGCUCGCGCCGUCUCCUUCCUGGACGCCCGCCACCUCGUGCGGACGUGCGUGCGUGCUGUCGCUGCAGUGGCGCGACCUCUGGCGCUCCAUGCCCAGAAUCAACGCGUCGCGCGACGAAUUCGACGGCAUGCCUGGCACUUGGGUCGAGCAGAAUGUGCUGUUCAGGAAGUUUUUCAACCGGUUCCUGAUGCUCCGGAACCCCACUCCCUUGGACGAGUUCAAUCUCUGGUACGGCGUACGAGAUAGUGAGGAUUCAACGGACCGCGACUACGAUGCCGAAUCAGAAGAUGCUAACCUGUGGAUUGGCCAUGCUUUACAGUGCAAUGCUAGAUCUGUCAAAGUUUCCGCAGCUGAAUGUGGGGCUAAAUUGCAUCUCGAUCCGGUGAUGUUUGCUUCAAAGUGCUUCUUGACGAGCCUGGAGCUUACCGGGGUUGUUCUAUUCGCCGGCUUCUUUAAGAAUCUCCAAAUGGGCUGCACACUAUUGGAGCGUCUCAAAUUGUAUGAUUGUCCCAUUUGUGAUGCUGAGGUUUUCUCCCAGACACUGAGGCUUUUCACAAUUGAUCCUGGGUGUUUGCCACAUUCUAAGCAGACUUCUAUUUCGAUCCCAAGCCUAGUUGACUUCAGUUACUUUUCUGGUGAAAGAAUACCACCUCUACUGAAAAACUUGGGGUCAUUAGAAACAGCAACAAUUUCAGUUGGUACUUAUGACGAUGAUACACCACUUAGUGAUAUCCAUCAAUUUCUCAGAGGCCUUUCUAAUGUUACACAUUUGGACUUAAGUUAUAAAGGACCAAAGAACCCAGAAACAUAUGAGAAGUUCAUUGGCGAGCUAGAAGAAAGAGAUUUCACUUGUGAGCACCUUAAGAUUGUUGAAAUCAUUUGCCCGGAGAAUUGGGAGGACGGUCCCAUGCUCACCGACCUGGUGAAGUUUUUGGUUGGGAAUGGCAUAAGCUCUGAUCAGAUUGAAAUCAAGAACUGGUAGUACCUCCGAUUUUAUAUGCAUAGCAAGCAUUAGAACAGGUCACUGGAUCAUUACGCUAUCAGUGGACGCCUGAACAUUUGUGUCUUCCGGGUGUAGGAGAGAUCUCUAUUCCCAAUAAUAUAAUCAUCCUCUAGUGUGGCUGCAGAUACCCGUGACAAUGUCAGACUAGAUGCUGGAAGAACCUUUUAUACA